GAGCACGUAGCGCGAUCCAGGAGAACCGCACGUGAAUUUGUGUACGAAAUAUUCCUGGACUUUUCUUGGAUAUAAGUUUGUUGAAUCCGGAGUUUCCUGAACUUUCCUUUUUAAGUUUCCCGAACUCUCCUCGAGAGUUGCAGGAAAGUUUCCUUCAGAAUUUUCAAACACAACAUUUUCCUGGACUUUUCCUAGAACUUUCCUGGAGAUUUCUUAUAAGUUUCCUGGACUUUCCUCUGGAUCACCAGGAGAGUUUCCUCCAGGAUGAACGAGACGGGGAGGAGCAGGUGGGAGGAGGUGUACGAUGUGAUGAGGUGGUUCCUGGAGGACCCUGGCCAAUACCAGGGCGUCAAUAUGAGCGCGCUGCACAUGGAUCAGGCUUACAUGGGUGGAGUAGCUGACCAAGACGUCUCCGUGUACUCCGUCUCUGAUGACUGCUUUCGGUGCCCCUUCGAGCUCCGUCAGAACCUGUCAGCGGGCGAGGAGCAGUGGUGGACGGUCAGCACCACACACAAGUCCACCUGGCGGGUCUACCACCAGCUCACCGACCAGUACGUCAGUGCGAGGAACACCACGGGACUGUUGUGCCAAAUCCGGCCGCACCUGGGCGAGUUCGGGGUGUACCGGCUGAACGCCACGCGCGAGGGCUGCGACCUGCGAACUGAGAAGGAACCCGUUGACAUCUAUUUGCCUCUACUGCUACUUCUGGCGGUGCUGGUGGGAGUGUGGGUGGUGUACGGGGUUUUCAAGCUCAUCAUGUCACGGGUAACCCGCUCCGCCAAGCUGCGGUACGGAGAUAAGGAGUUGGCGAUACAACAGCGGUUGAGAGCACUUGAUACGUUCAGGGGGAUAGCGAUAGUGUUCAUGAUAUUCGUGAACGACGGCGCCGGCGGGUACUGGUGGCUGGAGCACGCGACGUGGAACGGCCUGGCUGCCGGCGACCUGGUCUUCCCCUCCUUUCUCUGGAUCAUGGGCGUCUGCAUCCCCCUGUCCGUGAAAUCCGCCUUCGCGAAAGGCGUGCCCAGGUGGAAGAUAUUCGUACACAUCGUGAGGCGCUCCAUCGUGAUGUUCCUUCUGGGAGUAUCUCUGAACACCAUAUACGGGUCCAACAUGCUGGGUGAGAUCAGGGUGUUCGGAGUGCUGCAGCGGCUGGCGGUGGCCUACCUCGUCGCCGCCGGCUUCUACGCGCUCACCGCACCCAAAUACUACACUCCGCCGAGGGGAGCGUGUGGUCAGGCCCUGAAGGACGUGCUGUCGUGUGUGUGGUGCUGGGCGCUCGCCGGGGCUCUGGUCGCCGCACACAGCGCCAUCACCUUCGUCAUACACGACCCUGACUGUCCCGCCGGCUACCUCGGUCCUGGCGGCAAGCACGACGACUGGGCGGCGGCGGGGUGCGCGGGGGGCGCGGCGGGGUACAUCGACCGUCUGCUGCUCGGCUCCUCCCACCUCUACCAGCACAGCGACGCCAGGAACGUCUACGACGGACCAGUAACUGACCCUGAGGGGAUAUUGGGCUGCCUCACGUCAGCAGUGCAAGCGCUGCUCGGCGUUCAAGCUGGCGCGACAGUGCUGCUACAGCGCUCGCACCGUGCUCGCGUGUCUCGCUGGCUCGCCUGGGCGCUGGCCUUUGCGCUGGCCGGAGCCCUGCUAGCCGGCUUCUCCAGGGAACACGGUGUUGUGCCCAUUAAUAAGAACCUGUGGUCUAUCUCGUUCGUCCUGGUGACGUCUGCUGUAUCGCUGGUGAUACUCAGCAUCUGCUACACUCUCACCGACGCCUGGAGGCUGUGGGGCGGAGGCCCAUUCAGGGCUCCGGGCCUAAACGCCAUCGCCCUCUACGUGGGACACAGCAUGUGCUCCCACAUAUUCCCCUUCCACUGGCGAGUGCCCUCUAUGGAGACGCACGCCAUACGCCUUCUCGAGGCCGUGUGGGGCACCGCGCUAUGGGUCAUAAUCGCCCACGUUAUGGCCAAGAAGAAGAUAUUUAUAACGCUCUAACCACUUUGGACCUUAUUAUCGUAGUAGUAAGAUCGAAAUGUGGUACUGACAGGCGCCGAGCGAGAACGCUGUAUAACGCUCUCGCUCUUUGUUGUUCUUUCUUUAUCUAAAGCCCGGUUACUGAACAC